AUGGAAUACUGUGACAAUAACGCUGAAUCUUCUUCUUCGUCGGACUCCGAAUUUUCUUCUACUUCUUCUUCUGCGAUCUCUGAUAACAGCUUUUACUCAUCAGAUGAAGAUGCGGUUGCAUUGAGCCGAAAUAAUCUAGCAGUUAGUUUGGGAACUGCCAUUACAAGUAUGACAUGGUCUCAUACUCGUAUAAAAAUACCAAGAAAUCGUGAAGCCGGAGAUAUACUUCUCUGGAAUGACUACUUUUCUGACAACCCCACCUACCCAGCUAACAUAUUUCGUAGGAGAUUCAGAAUGCGGCGAGAAUUGUUCAACCGAAUAUUGGCAGAUGUGGUGUCUAGAAAUCCUUAUUUUGCUCAAAAAAGAGAUGCUUGUGGCAUUCUUGGAUUAUCCCCUCAUCAGAAAGUAACUGCAGCAAUCCGAAUGUUAGCUUAUGGAUGUGCAGCAGAUGCAAUAGAUGAGUAUUUACGCAUUGGAGAAACCACCGUUUUAGAAGCAACCCGUCGGUUUUGCAAGACGAUUGUGGUAUUAUAUGGGAAAGAAUAUUUACGCUCACCAACUGCGGGUGAUGUUGAACUAUACACCGAAAAAUAUAAAUUUUCAUCGAUGCAAGAGGGAGCACGGAAAGAUGUAGAGCGUGGAUUUGGUGUACUGCAACAACAAUUUGCCAUUGUCAAACAACCUGCACGAAUGUGGAACCCGGAUGUGCUUGCCUAUAUAAUGAAAACGGUUAUUAUUUUACAUAAUAUGAUAGUGGAGGAUGAGCGUCUUCCCGGUGAUUGGCCACAUGAAUAUGACUCACGUAGCAGGUCGGCACCGGUGAAUAUAUCGAGGGUAGGUACUGAGGAACUUUCCAGAAUGAGAGCUGCACAUCGGCGUCAUGCUAUACACAAUAAAGAAACACAUUUUCGCUUGCGUCAAGAUUUAAUCGAACACAUAUGGUCAAAUUUUGGAGAUAAUUAUUAA